CCGAUAUAGUGCUUUUUCCAAAAAAGCUUCCAAGCUAAAAAGUUAAGUUAGCAAACCAUUUUUUGUUGAUACCAGUGAGAUAUCCAAAUCCAAGGAUUUACGGCUGCUGCGGUACCAAUCAUGCCGUUGCAGAAUGCUGAGCGGAAUAUGAAUUUUGCCGAUCGGUUCAAGACGUUUGAAAAGUGGCCUCUGGCUUACGUUUCCCCACAGUCGUUAGCGGAAGCGGGAUAUAUUUAUACGGGUACAGGAGAUGAAGUCAAGUGUGUCGUCUGCAACGUCGUACACUUCAACUGGAUGAUGGGUGACAAACCCAUGUUCGAGCACCGGCGAUCUAAUCCUAAUUGCUCUUAUGCUGCGAUGGUCCCUGAUGACGAGCUCUACGUCCCCGCUAUGAAAGAAUAUCGAGAGCGCUUCGCAACGUACGCUGAUUGGCCGGGAUGGGUUACGCAUCGAGCGAAUGACAUGGCACGUGCGGGUUUCUUCUUCAUGGAGGCUGGAGAAGACCGGGUCCGGUGCUUCUGCUGCGGUCAUGAAGUAGAGUACUUAGUUGCAUUGGCGAAAGAGGACGGUUACCACUAUACAUACCUCAUCAAGGCCGUUCAACAGUACAAGCAUCGUUUGCAAACGUUUCGUGAAUUAAAGGAUCUAAUAAAUGCCGCCAAGCGAAUUAAAGCCCGCAUCACCGACAUGCGACUGGACGAGCAAAGCCAGCUGGACAAGGACUUACCGCGUCGUGUGAUGGAGAAGCGGAUGCAGAAUCAGCUCCAGAUCAACAAGGAGCCACCAGAGGCCCACAGCGUCAUAACGUUGGAUGCACUAGUGGCCGAAACCCUGCAACGAACCGAUAUAAGUGAAUUUGAAAAAGCUGGUCAGCUAAGCAGCAUUCUUGAACGGUUCCUCGCUCUGAAACAGAAAGCAAUACCCGAUGAAAAUCCGCUGGAGUUAUCGACAGACGUUACUGCACAACCACCACCGAUAGCAUCAGAGAAGCAACCGACAGUCUCUACCCCACAGACAGUAUCGUCGCUACCAGCACGCCCCGUUCCACGCAAGCGGAAACACCCCGAAGAGACGGAUGAAUCAACAAAGUCUACUAAGCAGCCUCGACAACCUUUAUUUCCGGCGGAUUUGCCCACGAAAGGACAAAAACGGGACUUGGAAAGCGAACCGGGUGACAGCAAUAAACCAAAGGCAGCUCGCGUUGCUUUGUUUCCACCAUCACUGCCAAAGAAAGGAAGCAAGCGGCGUUUCCAAGACGAGAGUACAGAACUGCGACCUACCAAAACAGCGCGCAUAGCCCUGUUUCCCCCGACUGCACCGAGGAAGGGUCGGAAACGACAACCGGAAGAGGUCGAGAACCCAACGUAUCCACGCAAGCGACCGCGGCGACCUCUGUUUCCGGUCACCACGCCUUUGCGGGGUAAGAAAAGAAAAGCGCACCAGAUCGAAGGCAGUGUGAAGAAGCUGCGCUCGCGUACCAUCCAAACAGGAUCUGGUCUGCCCAGAAUACAGUGGAUUACUCUGACGUAA